UGGAGCUGGGUGAUCCCUGGAGCUGGAACAGGCAGACUCAGAGCAGUGGGACAGGAUUUAUCUUCUUCUGGUGAGCUGGCAGACUGCCCACACCAGCUCUGCAGCCUGCUCUGCCCACCAUGACACACUGUCGCACACCAGGACUUUGGAAGGAUCUACAUGUAUUUUCCUCUACCCCAAAUCCAAAAUAGUGUUCUGAGUUCAUCUCCCAUUGCUGCAUUCCUGUGACCCAGCAUCAAUCCUGGAAGAAUGGGGACUGUGACACUGCAAUUGUCCCUGCUGGCUGUGGCUCUCCUGUGCCCAGCCACUGCCAUGCUGCGCAUCGGUGCCUUCAACAUCCAGGCCUUUGGUGACACCAAGAUGUCCAACAAGGAAGUGGCAGAGAUCAUCAUCAAUGUGCUGCGCCGCUACGACGCGGUGCUGGUGCAGGAGGUGCGCGACUCCGACCUCAGCGCCGUCACCGAGCUCAUGGAGCAGCUCAACAGUGCAUCCACAUCCUCAUACGACUACGAGAUCAGUGGCCCCCUGGGACGGGAGAACUACAAGGAGAUGUACCUGUUUAUCUAUAGGACAGAUGUUGUGUCUGUGGUGGACACCUACCAAUAUGAAGACCCUCAGGAUGUCUUCAGCCGGGAGCCAUUCAUCCUGAGGGUCUCAGCACCCAGCACCAGUAAGUGGGGGAAGAGGUGGCCACAGGUUGUGGCAUGGGUGGCCAUGAUGUGACAUUCCUCUCCCCUGGCAGAGGUGAAGGAGUUUGUGCUGGUGCCCCUGCACUCAGCCCCACACGAUGCUGUCGCUGAGAUUGAUGCACUCUACGACGUCUACCUGGCCAUCAUCAACAAGUGGGGGACUGAUAACAUGAUGUUCCUGGGGGACUUCAAUGCCGACUGCUCCUACGUCCAGCCCAGCGACUGGUCAUCCAUCCGCCUGCGCACCAGCGACGUCUUCAAGUGGCUGAUCCCCGACAGCGCCGACACCACCGUGGGCAAGUCAGACUGUGCCUAUGACAGGAUCGUGGUGUGUGGGAACAAGCUGAAGAGAAGCAUCGUGUCCAACUCAGCGGGUAUCUACAAUUUCCAGCGUGAUUUCCAGUUGGACCAGGAGGAGGCCCUGGCAGUCAAUGACCACUACCCAGUCGAGGUGAAGCUGGCGGCCUGAGCUCCUCCUGCAGCCACAGACCAGGAUCCAGCUCCAGCUCCCACCACCAGUCCCCGUGAAGGUGCUCCACUGGGCCCCAUCCACAAGCCCUGUGCAUGGGCUGCCCCACAUCCCAGUCUGGAGAAGGAU